AUGGCCUCCCUCCCCCCCCAGUCCUCGGCGCGGCGGAGAUCCUCCCCCCGCGAAAGCUCCUCCCCGGAAGCCUCCAGGGCGCCGCCACGCAGCAGCAGCCGAGCGCGAUCCACCACAUCCGAGGACUCGCAAACGGUCCUGCUCAACAGCUAUACCGCACACGAACUUGCCUCAUCGAUACAAUCUCAGCAGGAGGGUUCAGGUUCUCGGCAAAUCCCGGGCUCAUCGCAGAAAACGGACGCCGAAGAGCCCCGCAAAUGCUGGAUAUGCAUGAACGACGAGACAGAAGACACGCCCGGAUCCUCAGAAUGGCGAAGCCCAUGCAAAUGCGCGCUGGUCGCACAUGAAUCAUGCCUCUUGGACUGGGUCGCCGACCUAGAGUCCCCCACAUCACGGCGGCGGACGGGCGGGUCGGGCAGGAUAGAGUGUCCGCAGUGCAAGUCCGAGAUCGUGCUCGCGAGACCGCGCAGCUACGUUAUAGACGCCGUAAGAGCUGUCGAAAGAAUCGGCGGUGUCCUGAUGAUUCCAGGAGCCUGCUUCGUCGGCGCAUAUACCAUCUACCAAGGCUGCCUGGUCCACGGCGUAAGCACCGUCUACGCCAUAUUUGGGCUAGAGGACGGAAGCCGAAUAUUAGGGCCCUUGUAUGCGCCCUUGCGAGCACGCGACACGCAAUCUGUCGUACUCGCAACACUAAGGAAUUCUAUGCGCAACCUUCGCUUGGACGUCGGGCUAUCCCUCAUCCCAAUAACACUCGUAGCGGCUAGAACUACGUUAGCGGACAGCAUCCUCCCCAUUCUGCCUAUGCUCUUCUUCGCCACCUCGCCGCAGUCCGAUGAAAUCCUAAAGAUCGGCCACUGGCCGCCGAGCGCGGCUCUCUCGAUCGCCAUGCUCCCUUACCUGCGUGCGGCAUACAACACAUACUAUGAGCACGUCUGGGCACCGAAAGAACGGAAGUGGCUGAAGUCCAUCCAACCGCGCGCCGGCGAUGCGCAAGCCGGAACAGGCGAAGGCGAUCAGGAUGACGAUGUCGAGGGGCAGCUUGUACCUGACGACGGGGAUGGUGUAGUCGAGCUCAACAUCGACCUGAACAUCAUCGAAGAGUUUGUGGAGCAUGAAGAUGCUGGGGACGACGAUCAAGAACAGCAACAGCAGCCAAAUGAGCAGGAGCAAGGCGGCGAACAGCAGGUGCCAGGAAUCGACCGCGGUCCCGCUCCACCACUGCACCAGCCGCCUCUUGACGUCGCUGAAGCGGAAGCUGCUCCUCAGAAUCAUCCUCCGGUGCCUCCUCCACCCCGCCAAUGGCGCCGCGAAGAGAAUGUUCUGAUAUCCACGACUAGGAUAGCAGACACGGUGCUUGGCGCACUCAUCUUCCCUUCGGUAGCCGCAGCCGUCGGCGAGCUGCUUCGGGUAUCGUUACCGCUUUCCUGGAUACGGCCCCAAGCAGGGGGUAGACCAACCGGUAUGCUGCAGACGAGGUGGGGCCGAAGCCUUAUCGGUGGGUGCCUGUUUGUCGCUGUCAAAGACGCAGUCAUGCUGUACGUGAGGUGGAAGAUGGCGCAGAAUCACCGGAAGAGGCGGGUGCUGGACUAUGACAAGGCAAAGGGGAAGGUCGUUAGGCCAAGGGGGUCUUGA